AUGACAGUGUCGUAUUUGAAGUUACUACGUAUCUAUGUGUUGUCAGUUAUAGUCGGGUGUUCGCAAGGUCAAUUGACGUCAAUUUGCGUUCAAACGGUAUCCGAUAUCAUCAAGAAUCUACACCAGAUUCCGUCUCAACAUGGAUUGCCAAUUAAACAGACAACUGCGCCUUUGCUGAUAUUUAAGAGGAGAUUUAGAGAUGUCAGCAGUCAACAAAGAUACCUUAGUAGAUUGGUAAAAGCAUAUCAGUCGGAGAGAGUGAAGACUCGACUUAGAUGGAGAAGGAAAAGGGAUACGGUAAAUGGGAUUCUGGCAGAAUGUGUGAAGACUGUGUGCACGGAGAAGAGAAAUGAUCCGACUAAAGUAGAAGGGUAAGAUCUAGAGCUGCCUAUAUUAUUACUAUGGCAAACACUAAGUACAGUUCAAUUACUGUAAGUCGUUGUUUCAUUACCAAACGGCCAAACGCCGAUUAUCCAGCCUUUCUCAGCCGACCAAACACUGGGUUCCGUUUUUUACCGUCUCCGCAAAAAGUUUACUUGGUGUUUUGGACGUCGUAAACCAUAAAUAUGCCCAUAUUUUUUCCAUUUCUGUAAUAAAAAAAAAUAGAUUGAGCCCUCUUAUAUUUUCAAACAAGAAACAAAUAAAUUUGAAUACAUGUACAUGGAAAUAACGCUUAAUCUCGGUAUAUUUCAGGGUUAACACGGCACAAUUAAAGGCGUUUUAUCGGAAAAUGAUAGGAAGAUGUAUUGUAAACGGCGGAGGAGAGCUCACACGGAAUGGAAGACAAGGUAAAAUACGAAUAUUGUUUUGGUUGACUUAAAGGAACACAAAAUAAGAACAAACUUACGGAUAUCGUGCUAACAAAAGGUUAAGAUUAAAAGAGACUUCGCCAGUUGUGGAAGGAGGGUCUGCCCUAGAAUUUGACCCCUACUUUCUUCUGUCUCAUCUGAUGACAUAUAGGAUGUUAAACAACUUGGUGAAUUUUUUUCGAAAAAUUCGUCAUCAUGACCGAGAUAUGACAUAUUUAUUGAAUUUCGUUUAAUGUGAUAUAUUGUGCUAAUUUAUGGCCGAAACAUCGCAGAACUGAGUACACAUACUUUAUAGGCCAUGCUGAACAACUUUGUAACUGACCCCAAGUUUGUCAGGUUACUGUAACAUACCGUAACGCCCAUGCUCAAUCAAAAAAUCUUGAUUUUCUCGAUUUUUUUCAAUAAUUUUCUCGGAAUUUUUUUGCAUUUUUGGAAUCAGCAUCAAAUUCUGCAUCGGAUAGACUAUAUGCGCAUCUCCAGAUAGGUGUACAAAAAUGUCGUGGCGCAACCGGUAGUGGGUCGGACUACCAAUUUCGUUCAAUUUUGCCCAAAACACUAAAAAAAUUUCGUAUUUUGGCAUUUGACAAAAACUUGAAAUAAUGACUUUCAGGAGUCCUUACGCGCAAACAUUUCCAAUUUUCUAGAGCACUAUUUUGCGCUGCCUUCGAAUAUCUUUCUAAUAGCCGCGAAAACUUCCCACAAAAAAUUUUACAUUUGAAAAUUUGUAGAUGUUCACAUAUUUAAUGAUGUUACAGUAUUCAAUCUUGUAAAAUUUGCUAAAAAUUCGACUCCCCAUAGUGGAAAACAUGUGUAUCCACGUUUGAAUGACGUCACUUCGGCUUACUGGGUUCUGGCGGUGCUCUCCGAUUAAAACGAAAAAGUUCAACUUUUUGGUGAUUUGGGCAAAAUUGAACGAAAUCCUUUGAGGAAUACUCUUUUUACGUGCCAUGCGUUGUUUCUAAACAAAAAAAUCGCUUACAAAAAAUUUUCAUUUCUUCGGCAGAUUUGGGCCCACAAAAAUCAUGAUUUUCAAAAAUUUCGUAAAAUCCAAAAUUUGGCCUUUUUAGGGAACAAUGUUAAUUAUUCUUUAUUUUUACAAUAGAUUUAAACUGUUUGGGGACAAUUUCCAGCGCGUUUGAGCAUUUUUGCUUCCACCCGGACUCGAACCCGGGACCUUUGAUUAUUAAUUCAAAAGGUUGGACCUUUUGAAUGGUAGUCCGACCCACCACCGGUUGCGCCACGACAUUUUUGUACACCUAUCUGGAGAUGCGCAUAUAGUCUAUCCGAUGCAGAAUUUGAUGCUGAUUCCAAAAAUGCAAAAAAAUUCCGAGAAAAUUAUUGAAAAAAAUCGAGAAAAUCGAGAUUUUUUGAUUGAGCAUGGGCGUUACGGUAUGUUACAGUAACCUGACAAACUUGGGGUCAAUUACAAAGUUGUUCAGCAUGGCCUAUAACGUAUGUGUACUCAGUUCUGCGAUGUUCCGGCAAUAAAUUAGCACAAAAUAUCACAUUAAACGAAAUUCAAUGAAUAUGUCAUAUCUCGGUCGUGAUGACGAAUUUUUCGAAAAAAAUUCACCAAGUUGUUUAACAGCCUAUAUGUCAUCAGAUGAGACAGAAAAAAGUGGGGGCCAAAUUCUAGGGCAGACCUCCAUUUGAGCCUGCUUCAGCAACCCGCGAAGUGUCUUUUAAAAAACGCAAUCUUUUCGAUUUCACGUACAAGCGAGAGCUGCGGCCCCAUCCGCUUAAUUCCGCCGAAAUUUGAUUUGUUUGUUAAUUUGGAAACGACGGAGGAAGCCCGUAAAUCUGCGAAAUUAACUUAAUUUAUCUACAUUUGGCCUUCCUCAAACACUAACACACGUUUAUCUUAACAGUCAAAUGCCGUCAACACAGUCGGGGCCCUGCGUCACAGCUCCGUAAAGACAUCUCAUUUGAAUAUUUCAAUUAUUUCAGAGCCUGAUCUACAUGAUAAGUGUUUUGAAAGAGUGGAGGGCAAGGUUUUGGUAGGGAUAUCUGAUCAGAAUAUCAAGGAUGUAGCUGAUGUUCAAGUCUGUGAAAGGCUGUGUGCGACCGCGGAGAAGGAUUCGGAUUUCAUUUGCAAAUCAGCCAUGUAUUACGGCAAGGAAAAGGCAAGUAAAUAUGAGAAAUAUAAAGCCAAUAUAUAUUAAUAAGUAUGCAAUACCUUAGCCCACGUUUUGGCAAAUGCACUCUUACUGGCCAGGAAAUGUUUUGGAGUUUUCUCCCGUAAUGACAUUCAUUAUAAAUAUUCGAAAACAGGGUCAAGCCUUUUUUCGGUCCUGCACGAGAUAUUCUUCUAAGCAAAAGAUGAAUAGACAUGUGCAGACUUACAAGGGAAGUCACUUUUUUCGCAGAUCGAUCCAUACUGGUGACCUAGUGGACAGUGAAGGCCUCAGGCUGUGUAAGAAGAAUCUGGCGUCCAAAAGUGUUUACGGGCCCUGAGGGCAGAGUUAUGGCUCAUCAAAGUUCGCGCAAAAAAGGUUCCGAAAAGACCCUCCAAAAAACGGGUUCGGAGAAGUGAGCUUCGGUAGCAGAGUGGUUCGCAAGUUUUUCUUUUGUCUGGAAGGGCCAGGGUUCGAUUCCUCUUCCCGGCAAUAACUAAAAAUAAUAUUGUAAGAGCAUACGCUGCGUAAGUUACAAAAAAAAUUUUUUUUAAUAUUUUUUGAAAAAUAUUAUUAUCCUGUCGUUAAAAAAUGACGAUUUUGUUCAUAUCGUCACUAAAUUUAUCAUCUGCCCAGACAGCAAGCGCUUGACUCAAACGCUUCAGAAUGAUAUCACGAUCACCAAGGGCGUCUUCUAAAACAUCAGAGAUAUACAUAUUGAGAAUCCCAGUCCUACCUUUACGCCAAAGUUCCCGCAGUUUUCUCCAAUGAUAUGGCGUCUUGAUCCACCGUAAUCGCCGCAUUAUUCCAGAAAUUGAAUACGAUCUUCGGUGGAAAAAUGCCUUCGCAUCCCUCACUGUGUCCAAGCUCACAACGACUUCCCCAAAUUUUAACGACAGGAUAAUAAGAUUUUUCAAAAAAUAUUUCAAAACAAUUUUUUUGUAACUUACGCUACUCUUACAAUAUUAUUUUUAGUUAUUGCCGGGAAGAGGAAUCGAACCCUGGCCCUUCCAGACAAAAGAAAAACUUGCGAACCACUCUGCUACCGAAGCUCACUUCUCCGAACCCGUUUUUUGGAGGGUCUUUUCGGAACCUUUUUGCGCGAACUUUGAUGAGCCAUAACUCUGCUCUCAGGGCCCGUAAACACUUUUGGACGCCAGAUUCUUCUUACACAGCCUGAGGCCUUCACAGUCCACUAGGUCACCAGUAUGGAUCGAUCUGCGAAAAAAGUGACUUCCCUUGUAAGACGAAAUAGGGAUAUCAGAAAUUUUUUCCAGGAAUGCAUUCUGGCCUCCGAAAGCAGAGAUUCGAUGGCUGAAUUAUAUGUAGACGAUUCCAAUGGGAUUUACAUUCAUAAUAAAUGUGUGGGAAAAGGUAAGACAGUUGAAAUUGUAAUGACUAGAACCAGGUUUGAAAAUAAGAUACAUACUUGAAAAUAUCACGGUAUCUUCUAGCUACGGUCCAACCAAUGACUACAACUUCUACGGUUACUCCAAUCGGUUUGUCGACGACUCAAAAAAUGACUGAGCCAACAAAGCAGACGGUAAUUCAGCCCUCAGGCUAUGAAUGUAAGCGGUUGCCAGUAAUUCCGCACGUAAAAUCAUCGAAAGGUUAUUUGAACGAUUUUCAGCCCCUCCAAACUCAAAGGAGCCGGAAGAGCAGCCCUUCGAUGCCAAUCCUGACCAGAUUUUCUGUAAGUCAAAAUUACCCUCGGGCCCAUGAUUAGGGCCGAAUAAAUGACUGACGUGCAAACCGAAUAUCUAAUUAAGAAAAUGCACUUCUGAGGAACGGCCUUUUUAUAGCAUAAUAGGCCAAUUGUCGGUUGUUAUAAAUACAAUGUGCCAAACUGGAAAGUGUUUCGUAAAAUUUACAAUGGGAAGGGAAGCAUUGUAUAAUAUCACAACAGUUUUUACUCAGAUUUUUUUCAGAUGGAAUCCAGCCUCCACCAAACAAAGCGAUCCCAGAUGAAGUCAUAGAUAGCUAUGGUAUGGUGAAUAUGACAGAAAGAGAAGAGACUUACCGACAAGUUCCAGUGUUACCAAACAAUUUAAAUCAAAAAAGAUUAUUCGACGAAGCCCCGGUUACUGCGCCCAAAUGUUUUACGUAGGUUAAUUACAUUGUUCGAACAUUUUGUAGGGAGCGUGACAUUUUCUCGAAUGAUUACAUCGUUCUUAGACAAAGUUCUUGGAGCUAAAGAAUCAAAGUAUAUGCGUGCUUCAUACACGAAAUUUGAAGGCGUUUUGUAAAGUUUUACCAAUAAAAAUUUUAAAAAAACGGACCCAUACUUUGGGGGCAGCCACAUAAAAGAAGCACGGAGAUUCUACGGGUAUGUUUGGAAAUCAGCCGACAUUUGCUUACAACAGAAAAUUCUGCCGAUUUGGCAACCAGAUGUUACGAGUGCAGUUUCUAGGUGUAUAAGUGACUUGCGGAGUUAUUUACCAUAGUGUAAACCCGGAAUUUUUAAAGCUUCAGAAACCAUUUUUUGAGAACAAACUCCCAUAAAUUGAAAACGUUGAAUGAAUUCCUUAUACUUAUCAGUACCAAGCCAAAAUAAUGACUAUUCCAAUAAUCAAAUGGACGGGUAACUGAUCUCUUGAGAAUUGUAAAUUUAAGAAUUGCGCAACGUGUUUUUCAUAGUGGUUUUCAAAUUUCAGCAGAUUCCGUCCGCUCCAUGUGAGGUCUAUUCGAUCCACAAACACAACAACAUUGGAGGAAUGCACAGGACUCUGUUUGAAGUGCUCCAGCUGCCUCAAGGGACUCAAAUGCGAGAUUGCUGGGUUUUCUCGGUAGGUUUGGCAUUACUCUGAUUUUAAGAAAGGGGAGUAGACCACUGCACCACCUUCCAUUAGGAUGUUUUUUAUUGUCUUGUAUAACUUUAUAACUACAAUGGAAGUAGAACAACGAAAUUAUGUUUAGCAAGGAAACGACUCUGCUCACGAUGCACUUAAACCCUGGAGCGAGAUUUUAAAAAUUGCCGCUUUCUAAAUGAAGAUCAUUUUUAUGGGAGAUAGUAAUACAUAUUGUUAUACAUUUUCAUAGCCCUCAGUCUACGCCAAACACCAUCCAAACCUUUGUGUCUACGCUUCCACAUUUGCGUUCAAAAUAUUUUCUAAAUCUUAAAAUUUUCAGACAGUUCAAACAAUGCGUCCUGGCCCAAACAGAUAUCCGCUGGCAAAUCCAAAGCACCUCCAAAUUAACAGAUUUCGUUUAUUUCAAACGAGAGAAUUGUUAA